CGGCUCUUUGUCCCGCGAGCCCAUUGUAGCGAGCGCAGGAAACCCUGUGCCGAGCGCGGCCAUCUUGGAUACACAGAUCCUACUUGAGCCAGGAUAACCUGCACUCCUCCUCCUCCGAGCAGCCCGACUCAAAGCUUCAAAACACUCAAAUUCAGAGCCACAAUGGCCACUGCACCGUACAACUACUCCUACAUCUUCAAAUACAUCAUUAUCGGGGACAUGGGGGUAGGGAAGUCAUGUUUGCUUCACCAGUUCACGGAAAAGAAAUUCAUGGCGGACUGCCCUCAUACGAUUGGCGUGGAGUUCGGCACGAGGAUAAUCGAGGUGAGCGGCCAGAAGAUCAAGCUGCAGAUCUGGGACACGGCGGGACAGGAGCGCUUCAGGGCCGUCACCCGCUCCUACUACCGCGGCGCGGCGGGGGCGCUCAUGGUCUACGACAUCACCAGGAGAAGCACGUACAACCACCUGAGCAGCUGGCUGACGGACGCCCGGAACCUCACCAACCCCAACACUGUGAUCAUCCUCAUAGGGAACAAAGCGGACCUGGAGGCCCAGCGGGACGUGACGUAUGAAGAAGCCAAGCAGUUUGCUGAGGAGAACGGUCUGUUGUUUCUGGAGGCCAGCGCCAAGACGGGUGAAAACGUGGAGGACGCCUUCCUGGAAGCGGCGAAGAAGAUCUACCAGAACAUCCAGGACGGCAGCCUGGACCUGAACGCCGCCGAGUCGGGGGUCCAGCACAAGCCGUCAGCCCCCCAGGGGGGGCGGCUAACCAGCGAGCCACAGCCGCAGAGGGAAGGCUGCGGCUGCUAAUGACCACCAGGAGCCCCGUACUGCCCCCCCGCUCGCCCUGCAUCCACCCCUCCCCCGCCGCACCCAGAGAGGGGGGGGCAGGGGGGCACAUAUCAGCCGGGGCCAGAUCCAGCUGUGUGGACUACAUCUCCUCCUCAUCCUCCUCUUUAACCUGCUCAGUGUACAUCAUCCUGUAGCUCCGCCCCCCCUGCCUCAUCACAGUAACACACUCUCACUCUCUCUCACUGUCACACACACGCACACACACACACACACACGGGUCACUGACACUUUAGAUGGUCGCAUUAAACCCACACUUUGUUUCUUUUGUCAUGUGUAGAAACUCUUGUUAGAUUCCCCCCACGCUUCAUGUGUUCAUCAGCGAGUGUGUGUGUGUGUGUGUGUGUGUAUGUGUGUGUGUCAGAGCGAGCUUCCCCUGCAGGAUUCAAACCCGCUCGCCGCUUUUAUUCACUUCGUUUGCCGCUCAGCACUGAAGUUUUGACUGAAGAUGUGAUGACAGAGAGAGGUGAUGGUGGGUGCAGUGGUUAGCACAGUAAAUGGUCCCUGGUUCAAGUCCGGGUUGUACGUGUGCUCAGUGGAGGAACUCCUCCUGCUCCAGCCUCUCGGCUGAAUGAAGAGUGUGUGUGAGUGUGUGUGUGUUGUCAGCCCCAUAUCAGCAGCUUGUGUCUGGUUGUUUGUUGCCUUAUGAUUCGUCUGUUGCUGCUCUCGCUCUCCACUCUGAAUCAAACUCAUUCCAGAGGAAUCACUGCGUCUGUCCUCGACCCAGACAUGAAAGCCCCACACGGCGCCCCGCCCCGCCCAGCCCCGCCCCCCACAGCGCGGCCACACCCUGACAAGGGUGCAGAAAGAAGCGUCACACUCCCGUAACGUGAAGGAAGCUGAUUGGUCCUUCCUCUGCCUUCAUCACAGCAGCAGCAGCAUGGAAACGCCCCACAAAUCAAACAUCAUGUCACUCCCCCCCUCAGUGUACCAUAGCGGCCCCCCCUGACUGGACAGCUGUAUAUAUGUGCUUCUUAACUCCUGUCCCUCUGGAUGUGGACGCUCCGCCCAGGACCUGUACAGUCGGUGUGAUCGUGGGUUUGCCUGUAAUUUCAUGCUUGGGAAAAAUUCUGUAACAUAGUUUCUAUUAAUAAAUGUAUGUAAAGGACAGACGGCGAGACCCCCACCCCACCCCACCCCCCGUCUGCACACUACUGAACGGUGGAGGGGGGCAGUGGAGCCAGAUGAUGUGCAAACUAGUAUUUAUGUCUGAUUCCCCGGAUGAACGGGACACUUUAACGUCUCUUUUUGUCCCUGCCCCCCCAUCCUGAUGGGAGGGGCUUGCAUCACUGUCUUAACUCUUUUCAGAAAGCAGGAAUGGGUUUGUUACUGGGGGGGAGGGGGGGUCCUCUUCUUUUCCUGUGUCCCACCUCCUGCAGUCAGUCACCACUUCCUGCUUUUGUCUGUCCACAAGUACAAAAAAAAACCGUACAUAUGUAUAAAUUUUUAAGGAGCUGUGCUAACAUUUAAAUGCGUUCUUGCGUGUAUAUGAUUUUAAAAUGUUGACAUUUUGAUUUUAAUGAUGAAAUACUCUAGACAGAAAAAAUAAAUUAUACAUAACCUGUU